CUUGAUAAGUCGCCCUCAUUGCUGCUAUCAACCAGUCAUCUUCUGACCUCGAUAAAGUUGAUCUUUCAAGGGAUUAGAAAACGGGGAUAUUUAAAGAUCUACUAACGACAGAACCGAACACUCAACAGUGACAUGGGGAAUCUACCUGUAAUCCAUGAAGUUUCGACAAGUUUCCUUUCGCUAGGAGAUGCAAUCGUUGGCGAUCCAGAGAUGGCGCGACAGAGAUGGCAUGACUAUGCCAGUGAAAGCAUAGUUGGUUCCUAUGUUGCUGGAACGGUGGAAGCGAUAAAAGGAAACGAAGAAAAAUCGAGAGAGUAUCUUAAAGGUAUGGGUCGCGCAACUGGAAAAACACUGUUGGGAGGCGGUGUUCUUCGUGACGUCCCUGUUUUCCAUGAAUUAGCUGUUUGUGGAGAUUCCCUUGGUGAUAUGAUUGGCGGGGGAGAUGACGAAUCAGCAAGGAAAAGAUGGAAAACGUACAGCGAAAGCAGCGUUAUCGGUAGCGGACUUCGAUCACUAGCGGCCAAAAUCGACGGGAAUGAUAAAGAGGCCGAACGCUUGGCGGAAUGUUGUGGAAAAGCGAGUGCAAGAUUUGGCGUCACAGCAGUGUCGGUCGGUGCAGCCGUCGCAACAGGGGGUCUCGCAGCUCCACUUGGGACAUCAGUCGCUGUCGCUAGUGGGGCUGUAGUCGGUGGUGCUACAGGGGCAGGCUCGACCGCGGCGGUGCAACUGAUUAAUGAUGAAUAUGAUCCUGGUGCAAUUGUUGGAAUGACUCUGCUUGGAGCGGUCUGUGGGGCUGAAAGUGGAGCAAAGGCCGCUAAAAAAGCCAAAGCUGCUAAAACUGCCAAAGCAAACACAGAACAAUCCCAAAAUGCUUCAUCAUCAUCUUCGUGCCGUGAAAACUCAGAAUCUAGCAAUCCUUUAAGCGGAAAACAGGCCCCAGGCGAUCCCUCACCCCCUCCUCCUGGUUCACAUACAACGACAAAUAAAAACAACAGACGACCGAGAUCCCAUUCAUAUUCUGUGUACCAGGAAUCCGAGCAUUUUACCCCAGAUAAUGCAAAGAAUGUUCACAAAAUGACUGGCAAAAAGACAUUCUCACAUAAGAGUGGAAGCGCGCAAAGAGACAGCAAACGUCCAGAUAUUUGGAAUCCCAAAGAUCCCAAAAGUAUUCAUGAUAGAAAAGCCGCUGCCAAAGCAGCAAAGCAAGAUGCAGUGAACAGCGUGAAGGAUCUAAGUAACAAAAAGAGACCUAGAGUCGUAACAGUUGCACAAGACUUAGAGUCUGGCAGCGCCACAGCUUCUACAUCCAUCAGAGGUAAAACUCCACAAAGAGACUUUAGUAAUAAGAUGGGCUGGCAACAUAAAAAAAUUUUAGAUGUCAUCGAUCCUGAGUUGCGUGGAAAGGGUCAUGGAUGGUGUGGCGAGCAAGUGGCUCACAACAACACUCUUGCUUAUGAAAGGCUAAGUAAUGAUAUCUUCCAAACUCGUGGGAAGGUGUCCAUGACAGCGUAUGCAGAAACGAAAAAAGGUUACAAGAAAGUCCCACCGUGUAGUACGUGUGCACAAGUUCCAGGCAAAAUUUGGAGACGCAACUCUGGCCCCUGAGCUCUUCCCUUUUUUCGAUCAUAAGCAGAGCAUGAGUAAAAACAGUUAAAAACCUACGCAACAUUUAUUAUGAUACGAAGUUCUGUUGGAAAAAAAAUUCAACGAAAAACUGUUUAAUUAAACACAACAUGACAGAAUUUAUAACAUUGAAAAACUAUAGCUAGUUGGGAAUUUGGGUGCCUCAUUUACUGCACGUGUUGAAUAGCUACUCGUUGCAACUGUAAACAGAUUUGAUGGUGUACAUUUUUGUUUAUUAAUUGCUGUUAAUAACAUUGUAAGUUUUGUGUUGCAAGCUAAAUAAACUAAUGCAUUCUAAUAACUAGAGCAAAAUGUUGCAAGCUAAAUAAACUAAUGCAUUCUACCGACUAAAGCAAGAUGUUGCAAGCUGAAUAAACAAAAUAGGGAGCAGAAUGAUGAUCCUCUUUCGUGGAUCAAACGAACUAAUUUUAAAUCUAUUUAUCAUCAAUCAGACUCCCACACGGCAACCUGGUAGAACAAUUGUUUUAUGUUUAUCGUUCAGAUAUUUACACGUUUACAGAAAUUUAAUUAGCUUUUCAUGUAAUCUUACUGAGUGGUUCACCGAGGCUGUUUCGAUGAGGGACUAAGUAGAAACUUAAUAAUAUUAACUUUGUUUGGCAUUCAUUAAUUAAUUGCACGAGAUUCUUGAGGUAAUAUGGACCAGUAUACACUGAAAUGAUUUAGGUUGAGAUGCAAGAACACUUUUGUGUGAAAAGGACUGUUAUUCUGUUUGCUAACCCGUUUAAUUUGAUUUAUGUAUGAUUAUUUGAAGAUUAUGUAGAACGCGUAGACCCAGCAAGAAAUAAGUGAAACAGACAUUUAUAAAAUUUACAUAGAAUGCGACAAAAGAU